AUGAUGGCGAUUUCUUCUGGUUCGCACUCGCGACGCAAGCCUUUGGCCUUCGUGCUCACACUGGCCCUCGCGUGGCUUGUCGUCGCACUGCGCUGCACAGAAUCUACACAAUCGUUUGUGAGUCCAUAUCAUGGCCAAGCCGGUGCGCCCCUGCGCAGCCGCGUCCGCAUGGCCACCGCCACAGGUUUCAAAGAGGACGAGGAUGAAGAUCAGAGUGGCAAGCAGAGCGAUGACUACCCAGAGUUGUCGGCCGAAGCAUUGGGGCGUGAGCCUGGUACUUGCGAUCCCUUUGACCCCAAGAGCGCCGAGUACUGUUCGCCAGCUGAGCCGGAAUCCGCACCACUGAUUUCGAAGCGCACGCUCAAGCUGGGAGCCCUCUUUGUGCUUUGGUAUGCGCUCAACAUCGGCUAUAACAUCGGUAACAAACUCGUCCUUACAGCUCUUCCGACUCCGUGGUCUUCCGCAACUUGGGAGCUGUUCUUCGGGCUGCCGUACGUCGGCUUCCUUUGGUUGACCGGGCUCCGCAAGAGGCCGCAACUGACCUGGAGCGGUCUCAAACUCCUCAUUCCACCGGCUUUCUUCCUGGCGUGUACCCACGUCUUCGGUGUCAUCUCAUUUGGAGCUGGUGCCAUUUCCUUCACCCACGUAUGCAAGGCCACAGAACCCGUGUGGACAGCAUUGAUCUCAGCCGUAGUCUUCCGCGAGUUCCUGCCAUUGCCUGUUUACCUGAGCCUCAUCCCGAUCAUCUUCGGAGUUUCACUGGCAUCCGCCCAUGAACUCUCCUUUACUUGGAUCAGCUUCAUCGCUGCCACCGGCAGCGCAGUGACCUCUGCCAGCAAAGCCAUCCUUGGAAAGAAGGUGUUGGACGGAAAGAGUUUAGGGAAGAACCUCACACCGGGUAACAUGUUUGCCGUCCUCACCAUCCUGGGUUGCUUCAUGAUUCUUCCUGCCUCCAUGCUCAUCGAGGGACCCUCGAAAUUCACAGCUGCCUGGGCCCAUGCACGGGCAACAGGAUACACGGCUCAGAGGCUUUGGAUCAUGCUCUCCGUUUCCGGCUUCCUCUACUACACCUACAAUGAGGUAGCUUUCCUUGCCUUGAAGGAGGUUGCCCCGGUCACUCAUGCUGUGACCAACACGGUUAAACGAGUCGUCAUCAUCAUUGCCUCAGUCAUUGUUUUCAGAAACCCUAUAUCACCGCUCGGAGCUCUUGGUUCCAGCCUGGCCAUCAUCGGGGCACUCCUGUACGCGCUCGCAAAGAAUCAGAAGAAAUGA